GAUCAGCUGCAGCAGAAGAUCGUGUGUCCAGGUGUGGUCACUUGUCUUUCUGCUUCACCUAAUGGACUCUUUCUUGCUGCUGGAGUCGCUGAGGCCAUUUACCUGUGGGAGGUGUGCACAGGUAAACUGCAGUCUGUCCUCAGUCGUCACUAUCAGGACGUCACCUGUCUGAAGUUCACUGAUGACAGCAGCCAUUUUGUUUCUGGUGGAAAAGACAACCUGGCUCUGGUGUGGAGUCUGUCAAGUGUUGUCCAACUGGAUGUAAGCCACGCCCCUGAGCCUCGCCACAUCAUGUCUCGUCACUCUCUGCCAAUCACAGACCUGCACUGCGGCCUGAUGGGAGCUCAGGCUCGAGUCGCUACCGCUUCCUUAGACCAGACAGUGAAGGUAUGGGAGCUGUCCUCAGGCGAGCUACUCCUCUCGAUCCUCUUUGAUGUGGAGAUCAUGUCUGUGACCUUUGACCCUGCUGAGUACUUCGUGUUCUGUGGAGGAAGUGAUGGAAAUAUUUUCCAAGUGUCUCUGUGCAGCCAGAGUCUCGGUCGGGAAAAGUCGUUCCAGUCGGAUGGCGAAGGGAAUCAGGUGUUUAAAGGUCACAGGUGA